AUGUCGCUCGUCCAGGGCUCGGCGCUCAGUCUUCAGCUCUGCGUCACAAUCUGCCUACACGUUCUGAGCGCGUUGGAGUUUCUGCAUGGCCGGGGCAUCGCGCAUGGCAUGCUGAGCCCCUUCUGCGUUCUCUUUCGAGCAGACGACCAUCUUGUCCUCGGCGACUUCGGCCUGUCGCAUGCGACUGACCAUGGCGCCGACGUCGACUCGUUCUUAGGCAUCGUUGACUUUAGGGCGCCCGAGACCUUCAGAGGGGAGACGCGAGUGGCGGGGACGCCGGCAGGAGACGUCUGGUCCUUGGCGUGCGUUCUCUUCCUCGCCUUCACUGGAGCGCUGCCAUGGGAUGCGGAUGAGCAGCACAAGGGUUGGAGCAAGUCGCCCUCCUCCCGCGGCGACGCUUCCUCCCUCCUCUCAGUAGUGCUGGGCAUCCUGAGCUUCGCUGGAUGCGUGAGACGUUGUGGAAGUGCUCGCGAGAGAAGCGCAGGGAGCGCGAGCUGGUCCUCCUCCUUCGAUCGCUUCCGUCAGGAUUUCUUCCCUUCCCUGCGAGACUCUGAGUUCGGCCUCGCCAAGAUGCUGCACGCCAUGCUCAAUCCUCACGCGCCCUGUCGGCCGACCAGCGAGACUCUGCUGUCGAAUCCCAUCUUUGAGGAGGAGAAGGUGAGGAUGCGGUUGAGGGAGAAGCGCUGCUUCGAUCACCAGCACACCUUCGAUCAUCUCGAUCUCGACGUCGAGUCCCUUCCUGCUCCUCCUUCUCCUCCUCCUGUUGCCUCCGGCGAGAUUGAGAUGGAAGUGGCAGGAGAGGAGGAGUUUCUCUUUCGCAGCUUCUUCUACUGCUGGCUCGCCGCUGGCGGCGACGUCUUACGCUUCAUGAAGGGGACGGGAGGGAGUUCCAAGCCUCCCAUCUCGAGGCUCCCGCCACUCGGCCCCAUCGAUGAGCGAUCUCCUGCCAUGGCGAAGGAGCAGCUGGAGGAGGAGAUCGCGAGCUUCAGUGUGCCCGUGAGCGAGAUGGUGCAGGAGUUGCAGGAGGACAAGGAGUCGACGUGCCGAGUAUUCCCUCCUUCCUUCAUCGGCAUGGCAGCACUCACUGGCAUCGAGCGGCUCCCCAAGAAGCAGGCGAAGUCGAUCUGGAGCUUGUCGAAGAGGAUGCGACGUGCGAUCUCUGCAAAGGCUUCUCCUCACUUCGACCUCUCCCUUGCUCAGCUGGAGGUCCCACGACGAGCGCAGCAGCUGCAGGAGCUCUGCCCUCAGCUUGAGCUGCCUGCGCCGGUGCGAGGAGACGUGUGGGGAUGGCUGCUGGGGGUGGAGGCGAGCUGGAGCCGCGAGAGGUUCGAGUUCCUGCAAGCUCAGACGUGCGACGGCGAGUCGUUGAAGCAGAUCAACAAGGACGUGCGGAGGUGUCACCAGUACCAUCCGCUGCUCUCCUGUCACGUCGGACAGGAAAAGCUCUGCUUGGUGCUGAGCGCAUGGGUCCGCAACAACCCGAGCAUGGCAUACUGGCAGGGGCUUGACUCCCUGGCUGCUCCUCUCCUCCUCCUCUUCUACAACGACCUGCCGACCUGCUUUGGUGAGGCUUUCCCUCCUCCUCUCAUCCCUCAUCCCUUUCAGACCUCAGCGCUGCAUGCGGUCUUGAGCAGCUUCAUUCGCCUCCUCGCAUUUCUCGAUCCUCAGCUCUUCUGCCUCCUGAAGGAGGCCGAGCUCUCUCCUGACCUCUUCGCCAUCCCCUGGUUUCUCACCUGGUUUGCUCACUCCCUUCCUCUCGACACCAUCGUCCCUCUCUGGGAUCAGCUGCUCUGCGGCCACAGCAACCUGCUCCUCUUCUUCGCUUGUCGCGUCCUCUCCGUCAUGCGAUCCUCCUUGCUCGAGGGGACAGCAGAGGAGAUCUUGGAGAAGCUCAGCUCCCCUGCUUACUUGCCCACCCUCCUUCAUCGCCGCCAGGAUGUCUCUGGGCACAUCUUGUCCAACUCGCCUCCACCUGGAGUUCAGCUGGCGGAGACCAGGAAGAUCAUCGGGACAAUCUCGCUGGACGACUGCGGUCCCUUCCUCUGUGCUGGCCUGCUGCUGGUGCUGGUGUCACGAGAUGCUCUAGAGGAUGAGGGGCAGGGACACGGGUGGGGUAGCAUGAGGUUCGACCUGUCCAGCUGGGAGGCUCUCCUUGUCAAGCAUCUCCUCCCCCGCGUUUGCAUCCUCGCGUGGUCAGACUACCUGGAGAUCUUCGGCGAAACCUCCAAGACAAGCGAACCGCAGGCGAAGAAACCCGCACGCACAUUAGCCGGGGGACGAGGAGGAGGAGGAGGAGGAGGAGGAGGAGGAGGAGGAGGUGGAGGAGGAGGUGGUGGUGGUGGUGGAGGCAAGGGACUGGGACCAGUCUCAUCACUUGGAGGAUGGAAGCCUUCGAGUAUUCUGCAGGGCAUUCGAGAGACUGCAGCAUCUUUGAGGUAG